AUGCUCCAGACAGUGUUCGAGAUGCGUGUCUCGUUUAAUCAAAAAUUACUGCGCCAGACGCGGCAGCAGCAGCAGAACAAGAACCAGAUCUUACGCACCAGGCAUGUCAAACACAAGGAUCGGAUACUUCGAGUUGUCGUGAAUGAUACGAUUCAACGGGAAAGUGGUUACAAUUUGGCCAAAUACAAGGCGUCUGACAUGAGCAAACGUGUGGGCUCCGGUGAUCCUCUCUUCAGAUAUGCUAUUGUCAGCGAAGGCGACAGAAGCUUCCUCGUCUGGACCUGUCAUCAAGGUGGCUUCGACGGAUACAAAGCUCUCGGCUGCUCGCAGUUUUCCAGAACAAUAGAGAUCAAGAAGGCGGGAGGCACGAACUCGUUUGUUACACUACCCACCCUCGGACAUGCUGCCUGGGCACUGGCAGUGGGGAGCCUUUGGAGUGUUGAUGAUGUCUUAUUUGGAAGCGUGAAGAUGGGCCGCCAAAUGGCAAGGGACAGUCCUCUCUGUAGAGUUGAGUCAGGUAAGGGGCCCAUGAUGGCAGUGCAGGAUGAGCUCCUCUCAACGAUCCAAUAUAAACAUGAGGGUUGGGCGAGCACCAUGGACUGCCUCGGCCCACAAACCAUCCGGCCGGGAAUGAUCGACUGGGAUCCUCUUGGAGGCGAGGUCUUCUCUCGGACUCUGAAACACAGAGCUCCAAAAGGCGAACUAGGCUACCUCAAGCCGCGGAGAGACCUGGCUGUGCACUUCACGAUCAAUGCCAGUAUGCUGGUGGACAUCUAUGAGCACGAGCAUCAUCUGAACUUGAGAGUCUCCUAUGAUGCGAAUAUGUGGGAGGAAAAGCUGGUGACCAAGCCGGUGGACACCUUCACCAAUCUUUUGACUAAGAUGCUCUUUUCGAGAGACGGCAAGGUGGGUGAACUUUUACUAGGCGGAGCUGAGGGUAUGACAAGGUUGAGAGAUCGUUUGUAG